CAUGCGGCCAUCUCUAUCGGCAUGCUUAACUCACCCUUUUUGACCCAAGAAAAGGUUGCACAUUGCUGCUCAUCUUCAUCACCCCCCAACCCAUGCAACGUAGUCCUUCUUAUCAGCCUUUGCAGACGCAGGGAAGGCAGAUGGAGGUGGUGGCCGUGCCCAUGGCGCCGGCCAAUGUUAACCCCUUCUCCUCUUACGUGACUGCACCGCCGAGCCCCCAGCAUCCCUUGGACUACUGCGGCUAUUACUGCUACACCAGUGCACCCACCAGCCCAUCGCGGGCUGCGGUCGUCUACCCGGCCGAGGCGUCGGACUUCGCCUUCUGCUUUGGCGGGCGGUCCGAGGGGGAGAAGCCGACGCCGGCCCUCGCCACUGCCGAUGAGCUUUUCGAGGAGGGGAUGAUCCGCCCCCUGAUGCUGCCACCUCGUCGCCUUGAGGAGAGAGAGAGAGAGAGGGCUCUCCUUCCUACCUUCUCUGCUGCUUCUUCCAAGGCCGGGAGAGGGUCGAAGCCCCUCUCUCCACGGAGAGGAGGAGAGGAGGAAGACGGCUUGCGCAAGUCCCCGAGUUCUUCCUCCGCCUCGGUGAAGAGUGGCGGCAGCAAGAAGUGGAAGUUGAAGGACCUGUUCCGCAGCGCAUCGGAAGGGCGGGCGACGGGAAGAGGAAGCAAGGAUCCCCUGCGCAGCUACACCGUGCUGCUGCCUCCCUCUAAGCGGAUCGAUGACAGCGGAUCGGUAGGAGGAGGAGGAGCUGCAGAUCCACACGAAAUGUACUACUCACCAAACCGCGCUGCAUCCGAGGAGUUGAAGAGGAAGAAGAAGCAGACACCUCUGCCUUACCAACACCAUGGCCUGUUUGGUUGCCUCCGCUUCAACCCGGCCAUCCACAGCAUCCAAAAGGGGUUCGGUGGCUCCUCCUCGUCUCAUAAAUGA